CCCCCUCUCUCUCUAUAACGGCAAUCCACGCCCCCCCACGAUGAGCCGCGUCCUGUCGUGGUGGAGCCUGAUCACCCUCCUCCUCCUCCUCGCCUCCGACCUCGCCCUCUCCCUCAACCCCGACGGCCUCUCCCUCCUCUCCCUCAAGUCCGCCGUCGACCAAGGCUCCUCCUCCUCCUCCGCCUUCGCCGACUGGAACGAGGACGACCCCACUCCCUGCCGCUGGACCGGCGUCUCCUGCGCCAACGCCUCCGCCGACCCCUCCGACAACCCCCGUGUCGUCGGCCUCGCCCUCUCCGGCAAGAACCUCCGCGGCUACAUCCCCUCCGAGCUCGGCACCCUCCUCUACCUCCGCCGCCUCAACCUCCACAACAACGACCUCUCCGGCCCCAUCCCCGACCCGCUCUUCAACGCCACCUCCCUGCACAGCAUCUUCCUCUACGGCAACAACCUGUCCGGCCCCCUCCCGCCGUCCAUCUGCGACCUCCCCAGGCUCCAGAACCUCGACCUCUCCAACAACUCCCUCUCCGGGGCCCUGCCCGAUGGGCUCCGGAGCUGCAAGCAGCUGCAGCGGCUGAUCCUCGCCGACAACCGGUUCUCCGGCGAAAUCCCGGCGGCGAUCUGGCCGGCGCUGGAGAACCUGGUGCAGCUCGACCUGUCCUCCAACGAGUUCGCCGGGCCGAUCCCGGCCGAAAUCGGCGAGCUCAAGUCCCUCUCCGGCACGCUCAACCUCUCGCACAACCACCUCUCCGGCGACAUCCCGAAGGCCCUCGGGAACUUGCCAGUGACGGUGAGCUUCGACUUGAAGAGCAACAACCUGAGCGGCGAGAUCCCCCAGACGGGCUCGUUCGCGAGCCAGGGGCCGACGGCAUUCCUCGCGAACCCCCAGCUCUGCGGGUUCCCGCUCCAGAAGCCCUGCAACAGCCCGGCCCAAUCGGCUUCGCCAUCGUCGGGCACGAAUAAUAAUUCGCAAGCGACGGACUCGGGCUCCAGGAAGGGCCUCAGCCCGGGGCUGAUCACACUAAUCUCGGUCGCCGACGCCGCCGGGGUCGCGCUCCUCGGCCUCGUCGUCGUCUACAUCUACUGGAAAAAGAAGGACACCAACUCCUGCAGCUGCACGGGGAAAACCAAAUUGGGCGGCGGGGGCAGCGGUGGAGGCGGAUGCUGCCGGGCCGACGCCCGCAAUUGCGUCUUCCCCUGCCUCGGGGGCUCGGCCCGCCACGAGGACUCCGAGAUGGAGGACGCGGAGAAGUCGGAGCGGAGCACCGGCGGCGGCGGCGGCGGCGACGGCAACGGCAAAGGGGGAGAAGGGGACCUGGUGGCGAUAGACCGGGGGUUCACGUUCGAGCUGGACGAGCUGCUGAGGGCGUCGGCGUACGUGCUGGGGAAGAGCGGGCUAGGGAUCGUGUACAAGGUGGUGCUGGGGAACGGGGUGCCGGUGGCGGUGCGGCGGCUCGGCGAGGGCGGGGAGCAGAGGUACAAGGAGUUCGUGGCGGAGGUGCAGGCGAUCGGGAGGGUGAAGCACCCCAACGUGGUGAGGCUGAGGGCCUACUACUGGGCCCCCGACGAGAAGCUCCUCAUCAGCGACUUCAUCUCCAAUGGCAACCUCGCCUCCGCUCUACGAAGCAAAAGCGGCCAGCCUUCGUCGAGCCUUUCAUGGUCAACCAGGCUGCGAAUCGCCAAAGGGACAGCCCGAGGAUUGGCCUACCUCCACGAAUGCAGCCCUAGGAAAUUCGUGCACGGGGACGUCAAGCCAUCCAACAUCCUCCUCGACUCCGAAUUCCAACCCCACAUCUCCGAUUUCGGCCUCAACAGGCUCAUCUCCAUCACCGGUAACAACCCGUCAUCCGGGGGCUUCAUCGGCGGGGCCCUGCCUUACCUCAAGUCAGUCCAGCCAGAGAAGACCAACAACUACCGCGCCCCGGAGGCCCGCGUCCCCGGCAGCAGGCCGACACAGAAGUGGGACAUCUACUCCUUCGGGGUGGUCUUGCUCGAGCUGCUCACAGGGAAGUCCCCGGAGCUGUCUCCUACCACGUCGACUUCCAUCGAAGUGCCAGACAUCGUGAGAUGGGUCAGGAAGGGGUUCGAGGAGGAGGUCCCGUUAUCGGACAUGGUCGAUCCGAUGUUGCUUCAAGAGGUGCACGCCAAGAAGGAGGUGCUAGCCGCAUUUCACGUGGCCCUGGCUUGCACGGAGGGCGACCCCGAGGUCCGGCCCCGGAUGAAGACUGUCUCGGAAAAUCUCGAGAGGAUCGGUACAUAAGAAUGCGCCUGGCUUCAAGCUUACUUGCCAUGUAAAGAUGGGUCGAGAGUUCUUUGAUUAGCCACGAAUUGCUUCGAUGGUGGAUUAAGCAACAGCACCGGUCCUACGAUAUGGAGGAUCAUAUCUACAGCCGUUCAUGUUCUUCCAGUUAUUCUCCGAAGAGGUUAAGGCCAUGAUUUAUCUCAAGUCCGGCAAUUUUUUCCUUAGCACAGAAAUUUGGAGUAUAAUGCAUGAGAUUAUACAUUAUUAUUAUUAUUUUUUUGUGGGUUAGAAGAGAAAUAGCUUUAUUUUUUAUUAUUAUUUAGAUUGUAACCCUGUUACAGUUUUGGUUGAGCCUGCAAUAAAAAAUAUUGCUUCACUUAUUAUA